UCGGAGCCUUUUGUAGUUCACACGAGCUCCAUCGCUACCAUCCUACUCAUUCUCCACCUCGCGGUUCCACCAGCAGAGCUCCUCGACCCAAUCAUCCCUGUCUUGCAGCUACGAUUUUUCUUUUAGCACUCUGGUGGUGAAGGCGGCGAGGGAGCUGCUGAGAUCGAGAAGGUACGACUAGCAAAUUCAUCGUGUAAGCUUGCAAGCGAAACUGGGAAGAUGGUGGCCACUGUGAAUGGAGGGCAGUCUGCGGGAUUGAAGUUUUUGAUCUACGGGAAGACCGGAUGGAUCGGAGGCCUGCUGGGGAAGCUGUGCACGGAGCAAGGAAUCGCGUACGAGUAUGGGAAGGGGAGGUUAGAGAACAGGAGCUCGAUUGAGCAGGACAUCAGCACAGUGAAGCCGACGCACGUGUUCAAUGCGGCGGGAGUGACGGGACGGCCCAAUGUGGAUUGGUGCGAGAGCCACAAGAUUGAGACGAUUCGGGCGAAUGUGGUGGGGACUCUGACUCUGGCGGACGUGUGCAAGCAGAAUGAUCUGGUGCUGGUGAACUAUGCGACGGGGUGCAUUUUCGAGUACGACGAUGCGCAUCCGCUGGGGAGCGGGAUCGGGUUCAAGGAGGAGGAGUCGGCCAACUUCCGGGGGUCGUACUACUCGAAGACGAAGGCUAUGGUCGAGGAGCUGUUGAGGGAGUUCGACAACGUGUGCACAUUGCGCGUGAGGAUGCCGAUCACGGGCGACCUGUCGAACCCGCGGAACUUCAUCACGAAGAUCACGCGGUACGAGAAGGUGGUGGACAUUCCGAACUCGAUGACGAUCCUGGACGAGCUGCUGCCGAUCUCGAUCGAGAUGGCGAAGAGGAACCUGACGGGGAUCUGGAACUUCACGAACCCGGGCGUGGUGAGCCACAACGAGAUUUUGGAGAUGUACAAGGAGUACGUGGACCCGAGCUUCACGUACAAGAACUUCACGCUGGAGGAGCAGGCGAAGGUGAUAGUUGCGGCGCGGAGCAACAACGAGCUGGACGCAUCGAAGCUGUCGAAGGAGUUUCCUGAAAUGCUGCCGAUCAAGGAGUCGUUGAUUAAGUACGUGUUCGAGCCCAACAAGAAGACCAACAAGCCUUGAGCGGUUGUGAUUGAUCAUUAUUAGUCAAGGCCUGAUUUUUUCCGUCGUUUGUGAACACGGUACAUUUCAUCACAUUUAUACAGUGGGUGUAGAUGUGCUUCAGAAAAUUUCAUAAUUUCUGCUGGAAGUUCCGACCGUAGGCUCUGCUUCAUGUAUUGUGUAGCGUACGUUGAAGAGACAACUGAUUCUUAUCGAUGGCUGUGUAGCGCAUUCGUUAUUACAUUAACCUUGUUAUGUGAA